AUGAACCAAUUCCACCUCUUCAGCAAGCUCCCAAAAGAGCUCCGCUCCAGAAUCUGGGAGGCCACGUGCCAAGACAAUGGUACCCUCCACACGUUUGGAGACAGAUGGCUGAUGCACUACCUGGUCCCGGGAAUGCCGCCAGCUCCAAUCCAGAUGCCGACUCCUGUGGCCUUGUUUGUAUGCUACGAGUCACGCAAGGUCGCCCAUCGCUGGAUAAAGGAGAACAAGGCCACCAAGCAGUUUCGCGACCCUGAGGACAACGAAGCGCUGGGCAUGACGCUCAUACGCGAGUUUGACCGCGACCGCGACAUGCUGUACGUGCCGCGCGACAGCUGGUAUGACUUUGUCGAGCACAUGGAGCGCGACUAUGAGGCUGGUGGCAAUCGCCCCCUCUGCGGCGACAUCGGGUACCUAGCCGUGCCAGCCUUUACCGCCUACUACAGCAUCCCAAACCUGGCGUGCAUCAUGGCGUGGGCCAGGAACCUCCGGGCCAUCUACGUCGUCUGGGACGACCUGCCCAGGGACCCGGACUCGAUCCCAGACGAGGAGAGGGACGACGUGGCCGGGGUCGACGUGCACCCGCGGGUGGAGAUUGUGUCGUCGCCUUCUCCAGGCGAGACGGUGCGCAUGAAGCACGUCGACACCGACACGGAGCGAGAGUUUGUUGAGGAGGCGGAGCUCGAGGAGUGGAUGGAUGAGAUGAACGACGUGUGGGCAACGACCGAGGUAGACGAGGACAUGGUAGACGACGAAGGGUGUGUAAAGAUGCCGCGCAUCAACGUGAGAGUCGCCGAGAUUCCAAGGCAACGCCCUUGGUGA